CGCAUCCAUGGCUGUAAUCUCCGACCUGACAGCGGUUAUUUGUUCUGUUCCAGACGAACUAAUCUGUCCAGACGCCGGUGAGCUUUUGGCAGGAGAGUCCGAGCAGAGCUCGUGCAGCGCAGAGUCUCUCGAAAUCCCUGCUGGAGCAGCUGCAGAAAUGGGUCGUCAGGAGUCCGACUUUAUCUGGAAGAAGAACACAGAAAACAUCCAGGAGGUUUUUGACCUAAUGGAAGAGUUGGGAACAGGGGCGUUCUCAGAGGUUUACAUGGUGAGGGAGAAGAAGACCGGAAAGACUUUUGCCAUGAAGUGUGUGAAGAAGAAGAAGAAGAGAGACAUCAACCUGGAGAAUGAGAUCGCCGUGCUGAGAAGGAUCAAACAUGAGAAUGUCAUUGGGAUGGAGGAUUUCUACGAAAGUCAAACUCAUUACUAUCUCAUCAUGCAGCUUGUUUCUGGUGGAGAACUCUUCGACCGGAUUCUGGACCGGGGGAUGUAUUCAGAGAAGGAUGCCAGCAGAGUGAUUCAGCAGGUGCUGCAGGCCGUCAGCUAUCUGCACCAAAACGGCAUCGUGCAUCGUGACCUGAAGCCGGAGAACAUCCUGUAUUACAGUCAGGACGAAGACUCCAAGAUCAUGAUCAGUGACUUUGGUCUGUCAAAGAUGGCCGACAAUGGGAUCAUGUCGACAGCUUGUGGCACUCCGGGAUAUGUCGCUCCUGAAGUUCUUGCACAGAAGCCAUACAGCAAGGCAGUAGACUGCUGGUCAAUUGGAGUUAUAGCCUACAUCUUACUCUGUGGAUACCCCCCUUUUUAUGAAGACACUGAAACCAGACUCUUUGCUAAGAUCAUGAAGGCUCAGUAUGAGUUUGACUCACCCUUCUGGGAUGAUAUAUCUGAAUCUGCAAAGGACUUUAUACGUAACAUGAUGCAGAAGAAUCCCAACAUGCGCUACACCACGGAGCAGGCGCUCAGACAUCCCUGGAUUAUUGGGAAGACUGCACGGAGCCAGGACAUCUACUAUUCUGUCAGCGUUCAGAUUCAGAAGAACUUUGCCCAGACCAAGUGGAAGCAAGCCUUCAAUGCUGCUGUGGCCAUCAACCACAUGAAGAAGCUGCACCAGGCCCACACGGAGCUGGUCCUGAGGCGGGCCAGCGUCCCGGACAUCAAAGUCGUUGACGUGUCCUCACCAACUAAAGUUCACAAAUGUCUCGAUGUGGACAAGUCACAGCCCAAGGAGACUGAUGUCAACGGGAACCUAAAGGUGACGCAUCACAUGACCCUGCCAUCAAGCCAUGUGGACCUGAAGAACCACUGCAACCCACUGAAGGCCAGUCAGAGCCAGGUGGGUGGACACCAUGCCCCCACCAUCGCUGAACAGGGAAAACACGUCUACCACUCAGAACCUGCCAACCUGAACGGGUACGCUAAAAACCAGAAUGGGAAGAUUUUACAGACGGGAGUUUGUUCCAUCAUGUGAAGGCUGCGUGAAGCUUUCCUGGAACAAAGAUUUUAUCGAUCAGAGCUGCUGAUUUUCUCCCAGCAUGCACCUGUCUGCGUCAGCAGAUCCUCGGGUCUGACAGUAAGAGGUGGUUGACCCUUUGAUGGAACCAACUGGUCUUCGUGGUUCAGUCCGUAGGACUUUUGUUUUGAAAAUAGUGCCUGAAACUUCCAACAACCAGACUGAAGCACACACACGUUUAACUCGCAUGCACGGCUCAACAUUCUAGACCAGACCUGUCAUUCAGAGGGGGAUAUGACGGGUCCGCUGACUCCUGGUCUGGAUUCUGGGCUGAGUGAGGAAGUCCCUGAUCUGGAUCCGCAUCCAGCUCAGUCCCUGAUCUCUCAUCUGAUUGCGGCUUUAGAUCCAGACCUCUGUUUAUCUUCUCUUUUUUUUU